UAGCAAACAAGGUGUCAAUAUUAAAUAUUUACCUAUUCUUACCAUUUACAAAUUAUAAAUCAAAGGUCGGUAAUGUUAAUGAAUAGGUAACUAUCGGGUAGAGUUACUUCUGUUGAGACAGCGAAGGAAAUAAAAUUAAAAUGAAAUCUGAUAAGCCUAAUACAAGAAUGGCAGACGUUGAACUUCGGCACUAUUUUUCGGAUCUGCCUUCUGGCCCUCUGGACAAGUACAGAAAGAAAGCAACAUUUGACUGGCGCCGAAUGAAAUUCAUUUACGAAACCCUCGAAUCAAUUAAAUUGAAAAAUGAUAUCUGGAGUUUUAUGGAGGGACAUCCUUUAUUCAAACACUCAGAUAAGCCUCUUUCUAUGGAUGAGCAGAGACACAUUGCUAUCAAGAGAAUGUAUGCUUAUUAUAAUGAACGCUUCUUACCGAUGGAAAAAAUAGCCGAAGAUCCUAGAAUAUUUCAAGCAGAGGCAGAAGCACUCUUCAUGUUUGACAGUUCUUUAGCUGUCAAAGUCUCCCUUACUUUUCGAAUGUUCUCUAACACUAUACAAGGCAGUGGAAGAGGACAUCUUUAUGAUUUUAUUGAGGAUAUUGAGAAAGCCCGAAUAGGUGGCUGUUUUGCAUUAACAGAAGUUUCUCAUGGUUCAAAUGCAAAGGGUAUGAGAACAACUGCUACAUAUUGCCCACAGAAGAAGCAGUUUAUAUUACAUUCACCAGAUUUUGAAGCGGCUAAGUUCUGGGUUGGAUGUUUAGGCAAUUGUGCUACCCACGCCAUCGUGUAUGCGAUGCUGAUAUCAAAGGGCACAAACCACGGCCUGCACUCGUUCAUUGUCCCCAUCCGUGACCCUAAAACUCUUAAGCCGUUCGCUGGCGUCAUCGUCGGAGACAUUGGCGAGAAAAUUGGUCUGAACGGUGUUGACAAUGGAUUUGUUAUGUUCAAUAACUACCACAUUCCAAAAGAUUUAGCUUUGGACAAAUUGGGUGGCGUGGAUGAUAAUGGGGAUUAUAAGACGCCAUUCCGAGAUCCCAAUAAGAGAUUUGGUGCUGCCUUAGGAGUGUUAUCAGGUGGUCGUGUGCACAUUACUUCAAUAUCGACGAACUACCUCCAAAAAGCCAUAGUGAUAGCUGUGAGAUAUUCUGGAGUGAGGAAACAGUUUGGGCCCGAGAAUGGUUCCGAGGAAACCCCUAUCUUGGAAUAUCAACAACAGCAAAUACGUCUGCUGCCAUAUCUAGCGACUACGUACGCGUUCCGUAUAUUUUGUUCGUGGUUCGGAACUGAGCACGUAAAGAUGACAAUUGACAAUAUGAUGGGUGCAAACGAUAAUGCAGCGAACAAAGGUAUAGAGAUGCAUGCUCUGUCAUGUGCCAUAAAGCCUUUAAGUGGGUGGAGCGCGCGUGACGCCAUACAAAAUUGCCGGGAAGCUUGCGGUGGGCACGGAUAUCUACGAGCGGCACGUAUCGGCGACAUUCGUAAUGAUAAUGAUGCAAAUUGUACGUACGAGGGUGAGAACAGUCUUCUUGUUCAGCAGACCAGCAAUUGGUUGUUAGGUCUUUGGCCACAGAGGAAUAGUCUUACAGCAGAACAUUCGCCUCUUGGUUCCUUGGGAUUCCUGCAGGAGGUCGACAAAGAUCUAACUGAGGCCUGUAGAGUGAAAAAUGUUCAGGAUAUGAUUAAUCCUCAAAACCUAAUACAAAUAUAUAAAUGGCUCACAGCAUAUACUCUUAAAAUGACCUAUGAAAAAGUAAACAAACUGAAACAGGAUGGACGCACCAAUUUACAGGCAAAGAACGAGUCACAGUCAUACAAUGCUGUCAAUUUAUCUAUUGUCUAUGGAGAGAACUUCAUCCUCAACCAUUUCUACAAGACAGUGCAGCAGUUUGAAGAUAUUCCAUGUCAAAGAGUCCUACUUAAACUUGUAUCAUUAUACGGCGCCUUCUUAUUGGAGAAACAUAUGGCGACCUUAUACAUUGGCGGUUAUUUCUCAAAAGAUCAAGGCUUAUUUCUACGUGAAGGGAUACUGCAAAUUUGUAGUGAAAUAGCACCAGAAGCUAUCGCACUAGCUGAUACCCUGGCGCCGCCUGACUGGUGCUUAAACUCUGUUUUAGGCAUGGCUGAUGGAGAGGUAUACAAACACAUACAGAACAAUGUGAUGACCUACCCGGGGUCUAUGACACGACCCGAUUGGUGGAAAGACGUCGUCUACUGGGACACAUACGUACAGUCGAAACUUUGAGAUUUAUUCUAAGCAUGAAUUGGUUGUGGGACAAUAUAUUUUUAUGUGUAUUAACAAGUUAAAGCAUCAAUUUUAUGGAUCGCGCUACUAUUUUGAUGAUUAAAAAGAGCAUUAAAUUUGGCAUAAUUCGUUCUUUUUUUAAUCUGUUUCUUACUUUUUACGAAAAAAAUCUUGACUGAAAAAUUGAGAAAAAAGGAACUUUUUAUUUGAUAUAUUUUAAUGUGUAUUAACAAGUUAAAGUAUCAAUUUUAUGUAUCGUGCUACUAUUUUGAUGAUUAUAUAGACUCUAUAUUAUAGAGCAACAAAUUUGACGGCAUAAUUCGUUCAUUUUUUAAUCUGUUUCUUACUUUUGACGAAAAAAAAUCUUAGACUGAAAAAUUAAGAAAAAGGUACUUUUUAUUAGCUGAACUUGCCUUUAUUUUACAUAAGUGUAUUUUUGUGAUGGUUUAUAGUUUUAAGCUAAUAUUACUCGUGAUAUUUACAAUAAGAU